AUGGCUGCAGAUGCAGAUACAUCCAAGGAUGUAGAUACAUCAUCGGAUGAGAAAAGGGAUGUUGAUGAUCAUAACGUCGAUGAACAGAACGACAUCAGUGACCAUGAAAAUGAUGGUGGAAUUGGAAAAAUUGCUGAGGACAUCGAAGAACCACAAAAAAAAUACUACGUUGCAGUAAGAAUAAUCGAAAAAGAAAACCGAUGUAGCAAACCAAUGAUUGUCACCAGAAAUGAGAUCAAGAAAUUCCACCCUGAAAACCAUUCCGACGUAACCACAAAACCCUACAACAAUCCCUAUCACCUGAUCGUUGUUGAUGAAAAAACAUCGACAAAAACUUGUGUGCCAGCAAUUAUUUUAAAACAUUUACUUGUACGCAAGGAUGUUGAAAGUCCUGAAAGGCGAUACCCUUGCCCAUCUAGCAAAUAUUACAGGUACAGUGAUGCAUUAGCAAAGUUGGCAGACGAAUCUGAUUCUGAAAACGAAGAGGCUGAGAAACAAAAGGAAUCAGAUGAAACACCGAUAAAAUCAAAAACAUGUCGGUCGCGCCAGGUGCGACCAAACUUCGCCGAUGCUUCGGAUUCAGAAGAUGAAACUUCAAGGAAGCGGAAGCUAGACGACAGUUUUGACCACAAAAAGCUUACACAGAUGACGAAAGUGAUAUUGGGAAUAAAAAACGUUUGA